GACCCCGCCCGUCCCAGGAUCUCCCAACUCGCGCCGCGCGCUCUUUCUCAGACAGCUGCUCCGGGAGCCUCGCGCGCUGUGCUGUUCUGUGCCUUGCCCGUCUGUCCCCUCCGAUUGUGCCUAGCGAUGACCACCCAGCAGAUUGUUCUCCAGGGCCCGGGACCCUGGGGUUUCCGCCUCGUGGGCGGCAAGGACUUCGAACAACCUCUAGCCAUUUCCCGGGUCACUCCCGGAAGCAAGGCUGCUAUAGCUAAUUUAUAUAUUGGAGAUUUAAUCACAGCCAUUGAUGGGGAAGAUACCAGCAGCAUGACACACUUGGAAGCUCAGAACAAAAUCAAGGGCUGCACAGACAACAUGACGCUCACAGUAUCCAGGUCUGAACAGAAGAUUUGGUCUCCUCUAGUGAUCGAGGAGGGGAAACGUCAUCCCUACAAGAUGAAUUUAGCGUCGGAACCCCAAGAAGUCCUGCACAUAGGAAGUGCCCACAACCGAAGUGCCAUGCCGUUUACUGCCUCACCUGCUCCCAGCACCCGGGUCAUCACAAACCAGUACAACAGUCCGACUGGUCUCUACUCAUCCGAAAACAUCUCUAACUUCAACAUCGCUGUGGAGUCGAAGACCUCAGCCAGUGCAGAGGAGGUGAACUGCAGGCCCUCGGCUCAGCCUCAUCCUUCCGGCAGCCUUGUCAUUGACAAGGAAUCCGAAGUUUACAAGAUGCUUCAGGAGAAGCAAGAGUUAAACGAGCCCCCCAAACAGUCCACAUCCUUCCUGGUUCUGCAGGAGAUCCUGGAGUCAGAUGGGAAAGGGGAUCCCAACAAGCCAACAGGAUUUAGAAGUGUUAAAGCUCCGGUCACCAAAGUGGCUGCAUCUGUUGGAAAUGCUCAGAAGCUGCCCAUCUGUGACAAAUGUGGCACUGGUAUUGUUGGUAUAUUUGUGAAGCUGAGGGACCAUCAUCGCCACCCUGAAUGUUAUGUGUGCACCGACUGUGGCAUCAACCUGAAACAGAAGGGCCAUUUCUUUGUAGAGGAUCAGAUUUACUGUGAAAAGCAUGCCCGGGAGCGGGUCACACCACCUGAGGGCUAUGAUGUAGUCACAGUGUUCCCCAAGUGAUUGAGAGGACCUGCCUUGUCUGCUGCUCUACAGCCAGCCUGCUGCACCAGGUCCUCAGAAUGUUUUGGCUCUCUCCUCCCUGACAGUCCUGUGCUUACUUAGUUUUAGUCCUGCUCAGUAAACAUUGAGUUUUGCCUGUGCUGACUGCCUCCCAUUGGCAGUGUGACACCUGCUUCUACAUUACUGGGAGAUGCUUUUGUCCCCGCCCCUUCACCCUCAUCACAAUGCACCUUCUUCACUUGGAGUCUUCUCUGCUGCAAAUGGACAUUGGUCACAUUGGAACUAAGCCAAAUGUAGUAUCUCUGAUGUUACUUUGUUUUACUUAAUAAAUUUAGACUUUAAAGUA